ACGCCCACAUUCCGGCACCAAGGACGCCUCCGGCUGGCGUGACGCUACAGCCGCUCGGCGGCAGAAGUUCCGACUUGCGUUGCAUGCGACACGUGACCGCCACAACCGGCGCAGCAGACGCCAGAGCAGUCGACGACGUCAACGAAGUCACGGGCGACUCAUUCACGGUUGCCGCGACGUGCACGCGGCCGGCCGCGUGUUGUGUGCCCGAUUCGGGUGUUGGUGUCUGUGUGUGAAUAUCGACGUCAGCCGUGAAUUGUGUGCGCCCCGUUCGACGACGCCCGCCGCCGACGUCGUUUGAGGUGUUCCGCCAAGCUGGUCUCCCCAGCAAACCACCAGGAUCGGAUUCCCGCCGCGCAGGGUACAGAUGGCCAGACGACCUGCCGGUGACAUCAUUCAGUUAUGACGAUGGACAUCAAUGUGACUGACUGACAGCCAUGGACGGGACGCAGCGAUGCACGAUCUGGGUAGCGGCCCUGGUCCUCCUGGCCAGCGUUCACUCCGGCACCGACAUCGUCGAGUUCCAGGUAGAGGACGGACCGCUGCAGAACGUCAUUUACCUCAACAUUGACGGCGGCGUGGUCGUGGUGGGCGGCCGCAACGCCCUCUACAAGCUGUCCCCAGACCUUGAUCUGGAGGCCAAGGAGUCCACAGGACCCCGUCCUGAUAAUCCCCAGUGCACCCCGGACCCUUUAGAGUGCGCUCAGGGCAGAACUUUAACGGACAAUGACAACCAGGUACUCCUGCAGCUUGGUCCUGCACAUCCCCUUGUGCUCGCUUGUGGGACCAUCUGGCAGGGCAUCUGCUCGUUCCAUCAUGUACGAAGAAACUUAACCCUCUCGAGAACAAUGGAUAAAAAAUUGUACGUCAACUACGUUGCCUCUCGUGUCAGCACGGUGGCAUUUUUCCAGGGGGCCACCCUGUUCGCCGCGUCUACCUACGACGGCCGCCCGCUCGACUACCACCCAUUCUCGGUGUCGGCACGCGACCUGAACUCAAACGGUUCCUUCAAGCUACACUCGUCGGACGAUUCCUCGGCCUCCUUCGUCAAUGUGGACCGGACGCUGAAGAAAUCCUACAAGGUGCGCUACGUGUACGCCAUGAGCCACGACGGAUUCGCCUACUUCGUCACGGUGCAGAACGCCGGCCUGGCUCUGGAACUGUUCGAGACGCGAAUAGCGCGGGUCUGCCUGGAUGACCCUACCUUCCUGACGUACACCGAGCUGCCCGUCCGCUGUGCCAAAGGAGAGUCCAGGUUCCCGAUCGCCCAGGCGGCGUCCGCCGGACCAGAGUCCCAAGGGGGCGACCGCCUGCUACUGGUGGCCUUCGGCAGGCCCUCCGGGGGCCGGAUGCAGGAGAACGACGCCAGCGCCGGCUCGGCCGUCUGCUCUUUCAGGAUGCACGACGUCGAGGAGGCCUUUGACAAGGCCGUCGACGACUGCAACGCCGCCAAGCCGACGUCCAAGGUGUCGCAUCUCUUCCACACGCCCGGCACACCCCAGGACUGUACGCGCUACGAUCCAUGGGGUAAGAAGGAGGAUGACAAGGACUUAUGCACACCCGGCGUGAACAAUUACAUCGAAGGGAAGACGUCCCUCUCAGGAACCCAGGUGGUGCACCUUCAGGACAGGCUGGUUACGUCGGUGACCGCCCUGCAACAGAACAUGAGCGACGUCGCCUGGAUUGGGGACAACAAGGGCUUCCUGUACAAGUAUAAACUGGAAGGGUCAGCCUCGACCUUGCUGUAUUCCACCGACUUGAGCGGGGGCAUCGAAACGGCCAUCGAGAAGUCCACAGCCGUGGAUCCAAACGGAACCUACGCAUAUUUUCUGACGGGCAAGAAGGUGGUGCGUUUUCCGGUGGGCUCGUGUUCUAUCUACGAGAGGUGCUCGGUCUGCAUGAACAGCACUCGAGACCCGCUUGUGUGCGGCUGGUGUGGCUCUCAGUGCGCCCACUUUGGCGAGUGCACUCCCAGUACAGCUUUCGACUUGCAACGCUGUCCCAUCCUCCUGAAAAAGGUGUCGCCGACCAAAGGCCCCAGCUCCGGAGGCACGCUCCUUACCCUGGAGGGCGACAACUUCGGCUCCCCCGCGCACAAACCUGACAGCUCCAUCCAGAUCACCGUGGGCAAAAAGCCCUGUGCACUGGUCCACUGGAAUUACACCUUUGUGCAGUGCAAGACGCCGGCCGGUCAGAGCGACAGCUUGGUGGACAUCAUGGUGGCCGUGAACGACACCCACUGGUUCCCGGGGAAGUCCUUCGACGUCAUUGACAAGAAAGUGGCUGCCACGGGAUUCGAGUACCAGAUGUCCACGUUCAGCGGCAUAUCUCCGAGCUACGGGCCCAGGGCAGGUGGCACGAGCAUUGCGGUGCACGGGACGAACCUGGACAGUGGCGCUUUGCAGAUUGUCAGCGUCGGAAGCCACCCGUGUCACAUCUACAGCGUUACCAACCUGACCAUCCUGUGUUCCACGAGUCGACUGGAGGGUUCUCAUCCCGGAGGUGACGAGACGCAUCGGGUGACCUUGACGAUCGACGGACAGGAAGUUCCCUACCUUCCCACGGAGGGACUCACUGCAACCUUCUCUUACAAGCCAAACCCUGUGAUCAAGCAAAUCCUCCCUGCGUCUGCCCCAUUCAAAGGGAGGUCUAAGGUUCUGGUGCUGGGAGAGAAUUUGGACAGCGUCGUCAAGCCGGUCAUGGUGACACGCGUCACAUCCCUCAACUACAGGCAUCACGAACACAUCUCCAAGGAGUGCGUGCCAGCGGACGAUGGCCAGAGCCUGGCGUGCCCCGUGGCCUCGCUGUUCGACUCCUCGGUCAUCCCCCGUGACCAGCUGCAGAACCACAGGGACUCGAUCUGGGUUCAGGUGCACUUCCAGAUGGAUGGGCUCCGACUGCCUGAGAGGGCCGCCGGCAUGGACGCCAGCUUCAAGUUUGUGUACAGGCCCCCGCCUAAGUUCGACCCCUUCCCGCCUGGCGGGCUCAACGUGCGCGCCAACGACCCCACCGUACUCAUCAGGGGCCACAACUUUGAAGUGCUGGAGCACGACGACCAGUUUAGCGUGAUGAUAGACGACGUGGAUCAUGCGUGCGACGUGAUAAAUAUUACGUCGACCACCAUUGUGUGCUACUACAAAAUCUAUGAAAAGAGCGAAGACGCCGCCCAUACCGUAGAUGUGGUUAUGGGCAACGAGACCUUCAGGCUGGGCGCGCUCAAGCUCGUCUCGGGCCAGGCGUCGAGCCACACGGGCACCAUCGCGGGGGUCGUCAUCGCCGUCUUCAUCAUCACGCUCAUCGUCGUCGGGGCCUUCUUCUACUACAAGCGGAGGCAACCGAACAAGAGGACUCCCGGAUAUUUCGUCGAGUACGACAACCGCAACGGCGAAAAUGGCGGAAGACCUCCGGGAGAAAACGAUUACGUGCGAGGCAACGAAGCAGACGCGAGACAAGCCCUCAUCGCCUCCUCCUUCCAACUGGACGACGAGACCAAGGCGAUGUUGGAAGCGGAGAAGCUGCUCUUUAAGCGAGAGUUCCUCACCCUGGGCCCUGUCAUCGGACAGGGACACUUCGGCUGCGUCUACAGAGGAACGCUGGAGCUGGAAGGAAAGGGAGAGGUCCAGUCUGUCGCGGUGAAGACACUUCACAACAACUCGAGAGGCGGGGAGGCGGACGGCCAGGCGUUCCUGGAGGAGGCGCUCAUCAUGAAGGACUUCCACCACAUGAACGUGCUGCCGCUCAUCGGCCUGAGCAUCGACGAGGGCGGCCAGCUCAUGGUCAUCAUCCCGUACAUGAAGUACGGGGACCUGCUCUCCUACAUACGCGAGGAGAGAAACUCACCAACGGUGAAGGAUUUGAUCACCUACGGAAUCCAUGUAGCUGAGGGCAUGAAAUACCUCUCCGACACCAAGUUUGUGCACAGGGACCUCGCAGCACGCAACUGCAUGUUAAGCGAAGACUUCAUUGUGCGCGUCGCCGACUUUGGACUGUCACGAGACGUGUACGAAAAGGACUACUACAGCGGUGACAACAAGAAGACCAAGCUCCCUGUAAAGUGGAUGGCCCCCGAGAGUCUGGAGAAGGGCAUCUACAACCACAAGACGGACGUGUGGGCGUACGGAGUAUUGUUGUGGGAGUUGAUGACCCGAGGCGUGACGCCCUACCCGGAAGUGGACAACUGGGACAUCAUCAAUUUUCUCCAACAAGGACGCAGGAUGCAGCAGCCCACCUUCUGUCCGACCAUGCUAUACCAGAUCAUGCUGCAGUGCUGGGACCAUGACCCCAAGAAGCGUCCGUCAUUCGCGCGACUCGUGACGGACGUGUCGAAUGUCAUCAGGACCAUGGAGAAGGAGAGCCGCAACAAGAGGGUCAGCCUGAACGUCACCUACGUCAACUAUCCGCUCCCAGACGACAGUGGGGCCGGGCCAUCGGGGCAAGGCGACGCAUCGUCAAAGUGUUCCUAGAGAUCCGAAUGCCCAAGCCCCAUUCCUCCUAGGAGCCAGAUUCCCAGUAUCGCCUGCGACCAGGUCAAGAAUCCUCUUUAAGACGAACUCCACCCCCCUACAUCGCGUCGGCUGGCAAAGUGAAGUGAAGUGCUCCAGGAAUUCUGACGUGACCGGCUUCAGCUUAACGGAAACAAUCAAAAUGAGUGGAGUACAUGGUUUGGUAUUGUGACUGCAUCAAUGAGAAUUUGAAGAACAAUCACGCGGAUUUUGGUUGCAUAUCGUGGCCACAGUUUGGAUACUUUCGGUCAGGGAGCUUACAGCCCGCAUGACAUCCGAAAGUUUCUGCUCAGUACAAACUAGCCAACAAAUGAACAAAAGGCCACAUCUCGAUAGGGACACGAAAGGUCUUUGAAGGGUUCACAUGUUUUCACAGAGCUGUGCAUUUACAACGAUCAUAAUGAUGUCACCGGCGCCUUCACUACACAAGUGUCCUUCAAAGUGGUUAGUGGCCUACGCUCCGUUUCUCUCUCAUACAAGAGUUUUUUUAACCUUCAGGUAUCUUCUUCGUCGCAAUCAGUUCGUGCGUUUUAAAGGGCUACGCGUGCAUGCCUUUGACAGCAUCGGUUCAAGUCGGGCUUUAGCCCACUCCCUUUACUUUUAACCCAACACCUGUUGUGCCUACCCUCGUGAAUGGGAGCGAAAUGGAAGCUAAGAGCGAAAGGAUGUUGCCUCUAAAGGUGCUUAGCUGAGCGUAUGUGCAUGCAUGACAUAGACGCAGCGUGCACGGCAGCUGAAGCGGCAUCGAAGCCGAAACUGCAAGUGCGAACAUGACUCAACGACCGUCCUUGAACAUGUGCACUGCAGGCACACUCAAGGCACGAAACACUCCUUAGUAGCUUCAGCUGCGUUCGACACCCAGCUGCUUCGCUCAGAUUUAUGCUGAGGCUGUUCAAAGGUCGGUAAAAUGGGCAUGCCCUUGACCGGCGCUCAGGCGCUUAUAACCUUGCCCGUCACCGAGUGUGAAGCUCUACAAUUCGUGAUCCUGUGCCACUGUGCCAUUCUUCUGAACUUCCUAACGUUCUCUUCAUCUUUCUCCACAAGCAAGAGAGAAAAAGACGACAAAGCUUAAAUGUGGUUAUGAGUCAGGGUUUCCACCUCACUCUGUUGUCACUGCAUUUUUUUCUUUUGUUUGUCAUUCCAAGGACGAAUACCGUGACAUCGAUGGGAACAAGUUUGCGCUGAGGUAAUACUCUCCAAACAAUAGUAUGAGUCAGCGUCCAUUGACACUGACAUACCGAUUAUCAUGGCGCAUAUCGCUAGUCAGACGUUCAUUUUGCAGGUGAACGCGGGGCAUAUCCGCGUUUGUCAGCAUCCUACUCAAAGAGGUUAGUGUGAAUCGCCAGAAGGCAUUGAGCAAACUAAACUUUCUGUACGGACAUUCCAAGUUAUAGCGCUCUUCAGGCUUUCAGCGUGUAAAAAUCUGCAGCCUGAAAGUGCACGCACGUCGCUGCAUUUUUCCAUUCUUUCAUGAAAUGCACCUUGCAAUUUGUUAAUACGCUUCGACUGGUAAGAGUGGCUUCAACAUGCUGGUAUGCAACGCACCCUUGCCCCGAGCGACUGGGUCCAGAAACUAGGGUGCCUACAUGUCUGUCUGCCUCAGGAUGAAGACAUCCUUUGUUGCACUGAGUGGGCCAGCGCGUGACGCCCACUCAGUGCGUGUGUUGUGCGGUAAACCAACGUCUAAGCAUGAGCCAAGGCUAUGCGCUCGACCUUAGUCACACUGGAUUGCGUGUUCUUCAAAAGACAUAAUACGGAUGAGAUGUCACCCCUCAUGCAAAAGUGCGUGUGUCAAGGAACUCUACCAGAAACAUCUCAGUAGCGCUACAAUGAUCCUCACGUCAAAGCCCCUCUAUCCUGGGAAAAGUGGCGCCAUUCGUUGUUGUAGAAAUGCUCGAGGCACGUGCUGCGCGCCACUUCUGGGAAAUUCAUGGUGUCGUAAAUCUAGGGGUGCUAUGCUGCGCUUUUUGCACUCCCAGGAGACUUGGAAGAGGGAAGUGACGUCAACGACUAGAGCAAAUCAGAUUGGAUGUUGACAGAAGAAAACAAAAUCAACAUCCAAUCUGCAUUUGCUGCGUUGUUGACGUCACUUCCCUCUCCCUAGUCUCCUGGGAGUGCAAAAAGCGCAACAUAGCCCCCCUGCUCACUGCGUAUCACUGCUGUGCUGUGCCGCCAUGAUCUUCCCAAGGGCUGCGCUUUGCACGUGCCUUGUGCAUCAACGAACCUUGCGCAAGUUUCGAAACAUGGAGGGGCUUUACCUCAUGUGCACGCUUUUCAUAUGCUUUCUCAGUGCUAAGCUCGGCCUUGCGUUUAACACGUGCAUCUGUGAACAAUAGAAGAUGUGAAAGCUAUGUGUUUUCUUUUUUCAUUUUUCGCCAACAAUAAACUAGACGACGACUGUUAAACUUCACAGCCUAUACGUCGUUGCACCUUAACAUGGACUAACCGGCCACAAGCAUGAGGGGUAUCUUCUACUGGUGCACUUUCAGGUGCGAUCAACGGCAGAGACCUAAUUUAAGACAAACCCCCGAGACUCGGUAAAAGACGAAGGACAACACAACAGACAGAGUCUCAAUCAGUCUCGGCAGUUUGACUUAAAAUAUGUUAAACCUUCACCAGCUCGUUUGUGCCCUAACUUUUUAUUCGGAGAUAGCUCACGUUUGUAGCUUGUGCAUUUAGUCCCUGGUAAAACAAAAUAUACUUUUUUUUUUCUUUUUUUUUUUGAGAAGCAGUGUGCCUAGUGCCAUAACAUCCUGUUGGUACAGGAUUGAUUUUUUCUCUCUUGUUGAUGAUGCAAAAUCUGGGACACGUGGGGACCUAAAUGCCGUCUUGUACUACGCUCGUUGUUACCGCCAUGUCUCGAUUUAGUUGCUCAUGUAUACAUACAAUAGGAGCUCGUGUAUUACUCGUGAUGUGGUCGUCCAGGGGCCUUCAGUAUUAAAGAUUGUAAAUAAAUGUCCACGCAACUUUCUAUUUUCAA